CUGCCCUUUGGAGGAGUGGGGGGAGAGCAAGCAUGUUUCAAGGCAAGAGUACAUGAAGGAAGUGGAGAUCCCUUUGCUGUGGCUUUGCAGGGAUCCGGUUGGGUUGCAAGAAGAAACCUUUGAAGGGCUGGGACAGGAAAGCCGAUCAGCGGCCCGAACAGAUGCAUGCUCUACACACAUUAUGAGCUGCGAAGGCUGAGGAAGACAGGAAUCGCCGGAGAACGAGGCGUGCGUGUGACGGAUGGGACAAAGACAAUGCCAAGUAGGGAAGAAGAAAGCAGGACUUAUGGAUAUCCCAAGAAGCUGAAUGGUGGAAGAUUCAGGGCAGAUAAAGUACUUCUUUAUAUGCAGCACAUAGUUAAACUAUGGAACUCACUCCCACAGCAAGCAGUGAUGGCUGCCAGCCUACAAGGCUUUAAAAGACGGUACAACAACAUGAACAAAGAUAUAAAAGACAGCUUUCAGAAAAUAACAAGGAAUCAAGAUAAUCUGGGUGUUCAAGUCAUCCUGACCUGUCUUACUCAACAACACGUCCUCACAUAUAUGGAAGAUGCAGUGAGCCAGCUGUUGGAAAGCAGAGACGAUAUUAGUCAAUAUGGUAUUGCCAGAUUCUUCACUGAAUACUUUAACAGCGUACGGCAAGGAACUCAUAUUUUGUUCCGAGAAUUCAACUUUGUUCAAGCUACACCCCAUAAUAGAGCAUCCUUUCUAAGAACCUUCUGGCGAUGCUUCAGAACCGUGGGGAAAAAUGGAGACCUCUUGACAGCCAAGGAGUACCACUGCCUCCUGCAGCUGCUUUGCCCUGACUUCCCCAUGGAGCUUACACAGAAAGCAGCAAGGAUUGUUCUCAUGGAUGAUGCUGUGGACUGCUUGAUGUCUUUUUCAGACUUCCUGUUUGCCCUCCAGAUCCAGUUUUACUACUCAGAGUUCAUUGAAAGCGUGGCUGCCAUCUAUCAAGAGCUCUUGACGGGCAAGAACCCAAACACCGUCAUUGUGCCUACAUCAUCCUCUGGGCAGCAUCGUUCGCGCCAGACUCUAAGUGAGUGCAGCCAGCUCGAUGGGGUGGAGGCACCUGCAUUUUACCAGUGCCUUGAGUCUCUGUGUGACAGGUCCAAAUACAGCUGUCCCCCAUCUGCUAUUGUGAAGGAAGUUCUGAGCAGUGUGCAGAGACUGACCUUCUAUGGAUUUCUGAUGGCUCUUGCAAAGCAUCAUGGGAUCAACAGAGCCCUCGGUGCUCUCCCAGAUAAGGCAGACCUGCUGCUUGACCCACAUAUGGAUCAGGAACUGGAGAAACUGGUAGCUCAGGUUUCCGGACUCUCCCUUUCCAAUUCCAACCCUGCCAGCGGGGAUGCGACUAAUGUGCCUUCCCGCCCCUCUCUCCGACUCAGCUCCCCUUGGAGGCCUCUCCUCCACCGCCGGAAAAUGGAUGCGGAAAGCGAUGGCUCCACCGAAGAGACAGAUUCCUCUGAGAACUGAUGGGUAGAUAUGCAUGGGAGUACAAGCUUAUUUCCAGCCCUUGUAACUGAAGCCAUGUAGGCGUUGAUGAAACAUAGCUGUUUAAGCACCUUCCUCCACAAUCUCAACGUGUGACCUACUCCUUUUUACUCUUUAUCAGUAUUAUAGCUCAGAGCUCCCUCUCAGCAAGGCACACCCCAUUCUAACAAAAACUGUUGUUUUCUCCUCAUACUGGCAGAGAAAUUGGAUGGAUAGGCCAUGAAAGCUGACAUCAGCUGCAGGGUUCGACUGCCCUCUGGUGGCAAACAAGUCAAAUUAGCAGAAACGUUCUAGCACUAGGGCAAGUAGUAGCUACCUUUGAAGAAUCAAUUCUAAUCCCAAAACUAUGCACUGUGAAACAUUUUCAUCCUCAUCCAAGGAUAGGAAAUAUACAAGAUGAAGCCUGUAACUCAAAGCACUCUUCUUGUCCUCACGAAAUUUAUUUUACUUUCUCCUCCUGUAUAUGCCCUAUCUGCUAGACGGUUAGGUAUUCCAAUACCUUCCAAGCUUUCACUUCAAAAUUCAAACAAGUUAGUAAGACAUGACCCCAGUUAAGUCACCAGAUUUGAAAUUUGGGGCUAAGCUUCCAUACUUUGUGGGAUGGCCAUUGCCGAUGAGCAUUUUCAAAUGCUUACUGGGCUCUAUUGUAGGAGAAAGGAGUAGGGCAUUAUUUAUUAAUUUGCAAAGCUUUAAACUUUCCUGCAAACAAAGUAUAAUAUAUAGUAAAUAAAGCAUGUUGUAAAAGGCAA